AUGGCUGAAAAUGACUACAUGGCAAACAUUCGGUUCAACGAUGGUAAACGGUGAGAAUUUUCGAGAAACAAAGGAAAAACAAUGGAAUUUGAAAGAUUUGGCGAUUGGGUCAUAAUGAAGAAAUUAGACGAAGGUGGCUUUGGACAAGUUUACAUGGUGAGAAAAAUGGAUAAAGUAUAAAUAAAAAAAUGAUUCUUCAGGUGCAAAACUCGAAAAACGAAACAACGAGGUGCACUGAAAGCCGAGUCCAAUGAGAUCGAAGGUGGCUCUGCAAUCAAACUCGAGGUUUUUUUGAGAAAAAAAUCUUGAGGUUAUACUUGGCAAAAAAAUCAUUCAUUUCUUAAGAUUAGAUUAAUAUUUCUCCUUCAGAGAUAAAAAUCUCUUUUUUUCAAAAACUGUUCAAAAAGAAGAACUAAACCUUCUUGAAACGUUUUUGGAAAUCAGGAAAAAUAGUUUUUGUUGAUUAAGAAACUGAUACAGAACCACAACUCAAUAAAAUCUGGAACUUGUAACAAAAAAGGAGUAUUUAUACACUUUUUCGAUAAAAAAAAAUAGCUUUCUCUACUCAAUCGAACUGAUUUAUCGUCCAGAACACGAGAAAGAAUGGAAUUUUUGAAACAAAACGUCUAAAAAUUGUUUGAAACUCCAGAAAUUUUCAGAAAAAUGAGCUCAAGUUGGAAUAUUUUUUGCCCCUUUUCUCUCAAUUUCUAAAUUUUUCUGUAACAACCUUUUCUUUUUGAUUAAUAGAGUUCUUUUCUGUAACUUCAAAAAUCCCGAUCUAUAGUCGAUUCACAGCCUGCUUGAGAUGAAAAGGGGCGUGGCCUAUAUGCGUUCUCUUUUUGAUCGUGUCAGGACCUUUUUUUGAAGCUAGCCUGUGUACCACAACCUGGAAUUUCACCCAAAGACAUUCCGCUGUGCCGCUGUGCGCCUUUGCGAACCUUAGUCGCGCUUUUAUUUAUUUAUUUCUUUUAUUAAGGUACUCUACUUUCAUGUGCUCCCACAACAAUAACAAUCAAUUGAAAGCGUGACCUAGAUUCGAAAAACGCUUCGCGAACGCACGCAGAGGAACAGCGGAAUGUCGUUCGGUGAAAUUUCAAGUCGUGGCACACAGACUAUAUACGCUUCUCAUAACUUUGUGAACCAAAACGACUCAAAUUUUCAAGAUAAUGAUCCUUCGAGACCUGAACAAGCACGGGUCGAAGCCGCACGUUCCCGAGUACCAUCAUGCGGCCAAGCGCGGCAAGUACAGCUACAUGAUCAUGACGCUGCUCGGCGACAACCUCAAGCAUCUCAAGAACAACAACGCGACCGUCAAGGAGCGGUUCACGCGUGGCACCUGGAGUCGUCUCGGGAUUCAAUGUCUCUACAGGUUGAUCGGGCUUGAAAAUUAAAAGAUCUCAAAAGAGCUAAGCCCAAAAAAUAGCCACAAAAAAUCACCUUAUUUAGAAAUGGGGCUAUCUUGAAAAAAACUGAGCCGUGGACAAAAAUCGCAAAAAAAUGGUCUCCGUUCAAAGAUUUCUUCACAGAAACUCGCAGGCCAUUUUUCGUGUUAUUUUUGAGCGGCUAUUUUUUCAAUUUUUGAAAAAAGUUUGUCCUUUGUGUAUAACAGAGGCACUAGAGUAGCUAUUUUCAAGGCUUUUUCGUUUUUCAGCUGACUUUUUUCGCAAAUAUUCCGUCUUCAAAAACAUUGAAGCCAUUAUUUUCACUUCCAAUCACUAUAGCAGCUGUUUUUUCCAAGAUUUUUCAUCCCUAAGAUCACAAAAUUUUCUUGUUUCCUGAUUAAUUUGGUCCAAAGCUCAUUUUUGCGCGGCCAACUUCUUAUAAACUAAAUGGAUUCUUUUUUUUCGACAAAAUUCUCAAUUUAUUUUUUGUCCCGGGUUCUUCGAGAUGUGCUUUUUCGAAUAGAGACAAGUUUUUCACGGAUUUUUCGAGAUAUCUGAAGGAAUUUCGAUAAAAGAGCUCAAAAAUCGAGGUUUCAACCUGAAAAUCGACAUUUUCGUCUCAAAAUCGUCUCGAAAAAAGGAUUAGGAUUCGCGAGAUCGAUGAAUUUUGAGAAAACCCUUUUCAGUUGAAAAAAAUCCCGCGAAAUUCAAAAUAGCCAUCAGAGAGUGAAAAAUAUAACUAUAACUGUUUUUCAGAAAUUCAGAUUAAAAAAAAAAUUUUCAACGUGGCAUGUGCGAGAGCGCCGAGGUGCAUGCACACAACACAUCACACUUUACGGAAAAAAUAUGAGGCGUCGCCAAAAAAAAACGCCGUGCAGUGCUUUUGGUUCUUAAUACGGCGGUUAAAUUAGUCUAUACUUUUUCUUGAAAUCCUCACAACCUUUUAUUUCAAAUCCGAAAAAUUCAGCGUCAAGUACGUGCACGACUGCGGCUACAUUCACCGAGAUAUCAAGGUUGAUUUUUUUUUUUUCUCUUUGGAAAAAUGCCAAGUCACACUUGCAGCCGAACAACUUUGUGAUGGGAGCGAGUGACGAUCCGUCCCGAUGCCGAAUGGUUCACAUUCUCGACUUUGGCCUAGCCAGAGCCUACGCCUUCCUUCGCGACGAUAAAUGGAUCGCUCGUCGGGCCCGCGGCACCUCCGAAUUCCGCGGCACACAGAAAUACUGCUCUGCAAACGUUCACCUUCGCAAGGAGCAGGUCUGUUUUCGGACAUUUUGAACAUUUUUCGCGGUUGGGAAGUGUUUGAAAUCCGUCCAGGUUCUGGGAAAGUUUUUAGUGGCCACUAUAGGGUUUCCACGUUUUAGUGGCCACUAUAGUAGUCAAAUUACUGGCCACUUAAGGGGUUAGAGAUGAGUGGCCACUAUAGAGGUCUAAGUGCUACUACUAGACCACUAAAAUUUUUAGUGGCCACUUGAGGGGUCAAUGGAUCAACAUAACUGGUCAAAAUUAUCAGAGUUACUGGAAGGAAUACUGGAUGAAAAACUACUAAAGUGGCCACUAAAUAGAGAAUUUCUACAGUGGCCACUAAAACGGAAAAUUGUGGCCACUGUAAAGGUGAGUUUAGUGGCCACUUUAGUGUCCUCACCGAUUAGUCCUUGUCCAGCCUCUAUAGUGGCCACUAAAAAUGUUCCCAGUUACUCCUCUAUGUAUCAGAACUGAAGAUCGUCCUAGUUUACCCGAAAAGACGUCUCAAAGUCAAAGAGGACACCAAAAACAGCAAAAUUUAAUCAUUUUGAGACUUUGAGACGUCUUGUCUCUAGAUUUUCCGGUCAUGACACACAGGAUCUUCACAUGGUUUAGCUCCUUCCAGGCCGGCCUUCUCCGAGCUGUAUAAUGUGACGUCAUGGGAGCAGUAGAAAUUUAACCUCUAAGAGUGUGAAUAACAGGGCAUAUUAAAGGCGCAAGCGACCGCUUUGCGAUAGGUCAUUGAGACGAAUCGAAUUCGCACAUUAUAGACGCAUUUUUCUGCACAAAAGCGCCGCAGUGCAUGCACACGACACAUGACAUUUUACGGAGAACUGGGCGGAGCGUCGUUGAAAAAACGCCUGUAGUCAUGCGCCUUUAAUAUAUUCGGGCCAAAUGAAAGGAGGUAGGGCACGCGCAUUGAAGGGAAGCUUUUUAAAAGGGUUCUGUAGGAUGUUAAUAAUCAUGAUAAGCUAGCGCAGAAUGGACUAUACCAAAAAAAAAAGUCAGGAAAAUCUCUGAUUUUGAAUUUUUGAAACAUUUUCGACUCUUUUAACCUCAGGGAAGGCACGACGAUCUGUGGUCCCUGCUCUACGUCCUCACCGAGUUCAACGGCGGACUUCCGUGGCAAAACGAGCGCGAGAAAACCAAAGUCGAGGCGAUGAAACUCGCCAUGUCCGACACCACCGUCUUUUUGAACAUGCCAGGUCAUUUUCUCUGAAAUCGAGGGAAUUAUGAACAUAGAAAAUUUUUUUAACAUAUCGGCUAGACCUUAAAAAAUAUAAAAAUAGUUCAAAUCCGAUGAAAAAGGCAAGUUUCAAAGGAAAAUCAAUCUCAAAGUAUGAUCUACUGGGAAAAUUUUUAAUGGCCACUAUAGAGGCUCGCCAAGGACUACUUGGAGAGGACACUAAAGUGACCACUAUUUUCCGUUUUAGUGGCCACUUCAGUAGUUUUUCAUCCAGUAUUCCUUCCAGUAACUCUGAUAAUUUUGAAACAAACCGAUUGGACCAGCUAUGAUGAUCCAUUGACCCCUAAAGUGACCACUAAAGUUUUUAGGGGUUCAGUAGUAGCACUCAGAGCUCUAUAGUGGCCACUAGUUUUUAACCCCUUAAGUGGUCACUAAUUUGACUACUAUAGUGGCCACUAAAAAUUUUCCCAGUAGGUGCUUAUUUGAUAAGAACCCAUUUUUGAAGAAUGAACUAUUUUCAAAAUUUCUCAACUUUAUCUGAACCUUUUCCUUGCUUCUAGUUAUCCCUGAUAAAAAAAAAUCUUUCAGCAUCUCUUCAGCCAGUUUACCCCCAUUUGAGGUCCCUCGACUGUUACCAGAAGCCAGAUUACUCGUAAAUUUCCUCUAUCUUUUGAUUUUGAAUAUCUUAUUUUGUUUGAAGUUUGUUAUACAACGGGCUUGUGACAAUGAUGAAGCAGGAAAAAGUCCAGCCAUUGUCCAAAUACGACUGGGAGACGGACGAACAGGAACAUGCAGCGGUGAGUUUGAGAAGAAGGUCUCGGAAAUCUCUAGUGGCCUUUUAAGUGAUCCCUUGAAUAUUUAACAGUUUAGAUGACUUUUGGUUGAUCUACAAAAGCUAAAAGUACACUUUCCACACUUUUAGCGCUUUCCCAGAAGAUUUAAAGAAGAGACAAAGAAAUAAUUUUAAAAAAUUUAAAGAUCCUCAAGCGAAGUGGCAGCUUCUGAAUAUUCCAAGUGGUCACUUUAGGGAUUCAUAACUGAAAAAGCAGUGAUCUCUGAGUGGCCCCUAAAGGUCAAUCAAGUUACCCACCUGAAAGUGGUUCUUAAAAAAACGAAAAAUCUCUUAAGUGUUCACUUAAACUUUCUGAGCUGACUUAUAUACUCGGACCCAGGUGAGGACAAAGUCUAGUGGUCACUUUAGUAGCGUCAGAACUUUUAAGUGAUCCCUAGAAACGCUCAGAAACGCCCGGAGUCGUCGUCCGUUACCGAAGUCCGAGUAAUUUUAAUGAACUGGGAAAAUUUUAGUGGCCACUCCAGAGGCUCGCCAAGGACACUAAAGUGGCCACUAAAACCACCUCUGUAGUGGUCACUAUUCUCCGUUUAGUGGCCACUAUAGAGGUUCUCUAUUUAGUGAUCACUCCAGUAGUUUUUCAUCCAGUAUUCAUUCCAGUAACUCUGAUAAUUAAAAAAACAGAUUGGACCGGUUAUGUUGAUCCAUUGACCUCUAAAGUGACCACACGAAAUAAAUUUUAAUGGUCUGAUAGUAGCACUUAGACCUCUAUAGUGACCACUAAUUUUUUAACCCCUUGAGUGACCACUAAUUUGACUACUAUAGCGGCCACUAAAACGUCAAAACCCUAUAGAGGCCACUAAAAAUUUUCCCAGAAAAGUGUUUUUUUUUUCUAGAGAAAAUACGCAAAAGAGCAUGGACCGUCCGCAUGGGAGAAUUCCGAAGCCUAUUUCAAGGUAAAAAUUUCACUUUCUAGUUUUUUUUUUAUUAAUUGGUAUCAAAUCCCAAAAUUUCCGGUCAGAGUAUUUAAUUUUUUUCCAAUUUUCAGUCGGACCCCGUUGGAAUCAACGGACCUCCGACGUCAAAUGCGCCCAAUUUCAGUCAAAUUCAAGCGCCGAAAACGGUUUGAAAAAAACUAUUGGAACCAGAAAAAAACUCAAUUUUUCAGCUCAAAGUUGAUUCAGUGAUCAACCGGGCUUCGGAUCACAAGAAAUAA